GAUAGUUUAACUGCUAAAGACUUCGGACUCGAUCCUCCAAAAGCACGCCAAUGGAAGACGCCGACGCGAAGCUGAAGAAGGGUGGGGGUCGCCUUUGUUGUAUCUGUAACCAGAGAAGGGCUGCCCUCAAAAGACCUAAAACCCUAGAACAGAUAUGCAGGGACUGUUUCUAUGAGGUUUUUGAGGAGGAGAUUCACCAAGUGAUUGUGGAAAACCAGCUUUUCAAGCCCGGUGAGCGUAUUGCCAUUGGCGCAUCUGGUGGAAAAGAUUCUACUGUUCUUGCUCAUGUACUGUCAGAGCUAAAUCGGCGCCACAACUACGGCUUGGACCUCUUCCUCUUGUCAGUUGAUGAGGGCAUUACAGGUUAUAGGGAUGACUCACUAGAAACUGUUAAAAGAAAUGAAAUGCAGUAUGGCCUCCCUCUGAAGAUUGUUUCUUACAAGGAUUUAUAUGGAUGGACAAUGGAUGAAAUAGUGAAGAUGAUUGGUUUAAAAAAUAACUGCACGUUCUGUGGUGUUUUCCGUCGUCAGGCCCUCGAUCGAGGUGCUUCUUUGUUGAAAGUGGACAAGCUCGCUACUGGACAUAAUGCAGAUGAUAUCGCAGAAACAGUUCUCUUGAACAUCUUACGUGGUGAUAUUGCUAGAUUGAGUAGAUGUACCUCAAUAACAACUGGUGAAGAUGGACCAAUUCCAAGAUGCAAACCGUUCAAGUACACUUAUGAGAAGGAGAUCGUAAUGUAUGCUUAUUUCAAGAGGCUAGACUACUUCUCUACCGAAUGCAUAUAUUCUCCGAAUGCUUAUCGUGGUUUUGCUCGUGAGUUCAUUAAAGAUUUGGAGAGAAUAAGACCCAGGGCCAUACUUGACAUCAUUAAAUCAGGGGAGAAUUUCAGAAUUGCCCCUUCAACAAAAAUGCCAGAGCAGGGUACCUGUGAACGCUGUGGCUACAUUUCUAGCCAGAAAUGGUGUAAAGCUUGUGUCCUGCUGGAGGGACUGAAUCGUGGUUUGCCUAAGUUGGGCAUAGGACGGAAUAAAGGCCUCAGUAAUGAUAGUAAAAAGGAUAUGAAACAAACUAGGGGAACAAAGAGUAUAGAGAGCAAACAAUGUGGAACAUUGGACUUCUGAUGGCAAACAUGGGUCGCUUGAAAUAUUGGGAAUUGCUAAAUAAUGCACACUGGAAGUGUUUACGUUGUUGUUUGCCCGUCCUGUAAUACAUUACUAAUAGGUCGGCAGAUGAGGAAGACAAAUGAUGUCAGGAAAAUGAACUAGCGAAUUAGAGAUUUCACUUGAAUAUUCUUCUGCUGAUUUGUACGGAGACAGCAACUCAUGCAUGAAAGCUGAGAGAAGUUCAUCUUCAAGAAGCAGCCUCAAACAAUUUUUCGGCAUCAAUACUGGUUAAAUUUCUAACUUAAUGGUAUAUAUGUUGUAUUUAUGAUUUUUGUUUCAUAAUCAAUUUAAUGUUAUGGAUGAUUAACUAUUAUCUGCUGAUCACUCGGUCAGUGACAGUCAGCAUUCUCCGUAACGUUUGGUGUCACCUCGAUCAAGAAUCUGUUUUAUCUAUGGAAAUCAGAUACAAGAUGAAUGAAUAGGUUUCUCACUGUA